AUGGGCUGUAAAGUUUCAUUUCACCACUGUGGAGGAAAUGUUGAUAAACUGAAACUGUUGAACAGUCUGGUAGGGAUGGGUAAUGGGGAGAGGCUCAUACGUAUAGACGCUGGGCAUAUAAAACCGUUAGCCUACUAAGAACAUUUAGUCUGACGACAUAGGUGGCUUCGGAUGAAUUCUUCACACUCCAUGAAAUGAUUGAGAAUCCUAUGAUGUGGAAGGAUGAGUUUGAGUAAGAGAAAAACACGACAUUCAUUUGGUGCAACAGCUCCCCCUUUCAUUGAUUACCUGAAGGACAUCCUGCGGAGGUACCCUGAUGGAGGACAGAUAUUAAAGGAGCUGAUCCAGAAUGCGGAUGAUGCCGGGGCGUCGGAUGUUGUGUUCCUCCAUGAUGAGAGAUGCUACGGCAGACAGAGCCUCAAGACUGAAGGCCUGGGGAAGUACCAAGGUCCUGCUCUGUAUGCCUUCAACAAUGCAGAGUUCACAGCAGAGGACUGGCAGGGGAUCCAGACCACCGGCCGGAGCGUCAAACGCAAUGACCCAAAUAAAGUUGGCAGGUUUGGGAUCGGAUUCAACUCUGUCUACCACAUAACAGAUGUGCCAUCCAUAUUCAGUUCCAAGUACUUGGGCUUCCUGGACCCCCAAGAGAAGCUCUUUGGGGAGGGAAUUGGAGGCUUCCGGUGGUCUCUGGAGGAAGAGGAAGACAAGGAAACUCUACUGAAUCUGCAAGAUCAGUUCCAACCAUUCAGAGACGUUGUCAAACUAGUCAGUGGCCAAAGGUGGAAGGAUAUCAUCCAGGAGGAGAAGCACUUUAAAGGGACACUCUUUAGGUUUCCUUUACGCAGUGAGGCCUCAGAGAUCUCAGACAACCUGUAUGACUCCAAUAAAGUAGUUCAGCUUUUCGACAGCUUCCUUGCGGAUGCAGACAUAAGCACUCUGUUCCUGAGGAAUGUGUCAUCAGUCUCCCUGCAGCACAUCAACACCAAAGGGUUCGUUAAUGUCCGGCUUACAGUGACCUCAAGUCCCACAGUUGAUCUGAGUCUGAAGACAAGGAACGAGUCAAACAUUGAUGGAUCAACCUGCUUCAAAACCAUCACCUCUACUUCCGAAGGCAAGAAGCAGACAAAGACCAAGUGGCUUGUGACAACAUGCUGCAUGAAAGAGGGAAAUGUUCCAGAGCUAGAUUUACUGGCCAAGAAGCUGAGUUUCCGCCCUCAAGUUGACUUGGCAUUCCAGUGUAGCCAGGCGAGUGUCCUGACUGAUGGCAGACUGAGUGUCUUCCUGCCCCUCCCAAACAAUGACUCCAACAAGACUGGCUACCCGGUCCAUGUGAACGCCUGCUUUGGCCUCACUGACAACAGGAGACACAUCAAAUGGCAGGAGGAAGACCAGAAGUAUGAUGAAGCUGCGAAGUGGAAUGAGCUGCUGGUGAAGGAGGUCCUCCCUCACACAUACCUCCUGAUGCUGCAGGAUGCCACCAACCUAGCCAAGAGCUCCACACUCCCCGUCUCAUAUGUGUACAACAUCUGGCCAGACCUCAGUCAGACCAAACACAAAGACAAGUGGCAUGGAAUUGCUGAAGACAUUCUACAAUGUCUACUCAAACAGAAUACUGCCAUCUUCUCUCUAGCUGAAGACGAAAGACAGUUUGUUUCUCCCGCCAUGGCUGUGUGCCCAUCCGACGAUACCAUGCCGCCUGAAAUGAUGGCUGCCGUGACCAGGGCCUUGAUUGCAGGUGGAGAAAAACUUGUCACCUUCCCAGAUCAUGUCUCCAGAGCUGUCCAGCUGGCCUUCCCAGACCCGGACACACUGAAAUGGGUGACUCCAGCUCUUGUAAGGGGUGUUCUCCGCAGAGGUGUUGUGUCUAAUCUCUCCAACAAUGACAAACUGUCUCUGCUGCAGUACAUCUUGACUGAUGAGAAUUACCACGACCUCAGGGGUCUGAAGAUGCUGCCUCUCAGUGACGGGACUUUCAAGACAUUCACAAAUGAAGAGAAGGACAUCACUCUCAUUGACAAUGACACAUUUCCAAGAGUAUUGCUGCCAGGUUGCAAAGACCUGUUUCUGCCUGAUGAUCUCAGCACCACUAGCAUCCAACAUUUGAAGCAACUAGCUGCAACAAAUAUAUUCAAAGUAUUCAAUGUAGAUGUGGAAAUUGUGGCUACAUUUGCCAAGAAGACUCUCCCAAAGGACUGGAAACAGACAGGUCAUGUCACCUGGGAGGUAGGGAGUGCUCAGCACCCACCAUUGAAAUGGCUCAGAGAGUUCUGGAAAUGUCUCAACACUCACUGCAUAGAUCUGAGACGUUUUGAAGGCAUGCCACUGAUACCCAUCGAACCACUACACGAUACUAGCCAUUCUGUCAUACUUGCAAGACUACAACAGAAUCCAACCAUGAUUUUUCAGAAAAGCACGCAAUCCAUCUUACCAGACAAAAUAAAGGAAGUCAUGAAGAAGGUUGGGGGAACAGUCGUUAACAGAGACAAAUGCCUGAAACACCAAGAUCUUGACUCGUACGUACUACCACCAUCGCCACAGAACACUCUACAAGUGUUCAUGAACUUAGCUGCUAGUCAGGUCAUCAGUGGAAUCAGGUCUGCUCCUUACCAUGAGAAAGAGGAACUCAAAACCUACCUCUCUACUCUGGAUUCUCUCACAGUCCAUGAGAGAGACCUGCUCUCAAAGAUGCCUCUCUUCCAAUCAAUGGCCGGAGAAUAUGUUCCCACCCAAUACAAGCAGGCAGUGGAUUUGGGUUCCACCCCAGCUCUCCCCACAGAGCUCCCAAUGCCUGAUUCCAUUGUCCGGUGUGCAACUGAGGCUGAUCGCAGGCUCCUAUUGUUGCUCAAGAUUGAUCUCUUGAAUACUGCUCAGGUGGCCGUUCAUUUGAUUGAUGGAGUUGAGAAGAAGUAUUUCAAGAAACAAGAGAGAGAGGGAAUUAUGACCUGGAUAUUACAGCAUGGCAGUAUCCUCUUCUCACAGAAUGGGACCUUGUACAAAAAAUGCCAAGAUUUGAGCUUUAUCGAAAUAGAUGGAGAGCUGAAGAAGACCUCCAGUAUUUUUGAUCCAAACAAUGAAGCCUUCAAAGUUCUUUUUGAAAGAGAAUUCUUUCCUCCAGCAGUGUUCACAAAUACUCCAGAGAAGCUUGACAGCUUAAUACGUCUUGGAUUGCAGACAAAGGAAACUGACGUUUCAGCAGACAACGUGUUGCAUGUUGGCACCCAUAUUGAUAAAUCAAAUGUUCAUUCACAAAAGGCUUUCAAAAAAGCAGAAGCACUUCAAAGACUAUUGAAUGGCAAUGACCUGCUUUCCCAAUUCUCACAUCAGCAGCUGCAGCACCUAUCACAGCUGCAGUGGGUCCCUUGUGAGAAUCCUUACAUCACGAAAGAAAAUAAGGGGGAAAGGGGGAAAGGUUUCUACAAGCUAGAGGAGAUACGACAUUCAGAGUACGCUGGCAUUGUAGGGCAUGUCAUGCCUCUUACAGGAGACUUUAGUCAGAAAGUAAGCCGCAAACUUGGUCUGUUACGCCUACCUCCUGCUGAGAAGGUUGUGGAGAAUCUGUCAGCAUUGGCAGCUGUGGCCAAGGCAAUGACCGAUCCAGAUAAAGACGUGCAGUUUAAAACCAAGCUGCAUAGCAUUUACAAAUACAUGCAAGAUCACAUCUGUGAGGUCAGGGAAGUGAUGAAGAAAAGAGUCAUACCUUGGCUGUGGAUACACAAUCAUUUUGUUUUUCCUCACGAUGUAGUCUUGGACUACCCACCUGAUUUGGAUCUGAGCUCGUACAUUGAGAAGGUGCUAGACGAAUUUCUUCCAUACAAAAAGUUGCUGACAGAGUUUGGAGUGAAGACAUCACUCUCAGAGAAAGAAAUAGAGGACAUCCUUCAUGACAUCAAACAGACCAUUGAAAAAAGGCCCCAAUCUUUUGGAAAAUCCUCAGAGCUGAAAGUGUCAAUAGCCAUUCUGAACUGGAUGUGGAGAGAGAAGAAAAGAGUCAGGGACAAUAUCCCAGUGCCGGUCAUGGCAGGGAGUCAGAGAUUUACCCUGCAAUCAUUGUCAAAGACAGUGUUUUGUGAUAUAAGCAGGGAUUGUCUGGAGGAUCUACAGAAUGACCAGGAUGAGAUUUAUGUCAUCCACGAGGAGAUUCCACCGGCGACGGCACAGUGGCUGAACAUCCCUUUCCUCAGCACCCGGAUCCUGCGCCCAGAGUUCAUUGGAAUAGAACAGUGUGGGCAGUCGGAGCCCAUAACUCUGAGGAUUAAGAACAUUCUGAAGGAGUAUGAUGAAGAAAAUGACAUCUUCAAAGAGCUAAUUCAGAAUGCAGAAGAUGCUGGGGCAAACACCUGUAAGUUCAUGGUGGAUUUCAGGAAACACAAAGACCCUGCUGACAGCCUCAUAGACCAAGGCAUGGUUCUCUGUCAGGGACCGUGUCUCUGGGCCUUCAAUAACGGGCUGUUCACAGAGGAUGACUGGAAAAACAUUGUCAAACUCGGAUCUGCCUCAAAGGAAAACCAGGUUGAAAAAAUAGGGAAAUUUGGACUUGGAUUUAAUGCGGUGUACCAUGUGACUGAUAUUCCCUCAAUCCUCAGUGGCAACAAGCUUCUGAUACUUGAUCCAAAUGUUACACACCUGCAAAAGCACAUACAAAACAAAGCAACUCCUGGUAUCAAGCUCAACUUGUCUCGGGAGCAGCUUCUGCACAGGUUUCCUGGUCAAUUCAGACCAUAUGAGCGGAUUUUUAAUUGCAAUCUUUCAAGAGACAGCACUCAGAAAUUCUACCCGGGCACGCUCAUUAAACUCCCUUUCAGAACACAAGAGGAGGCUGUCAAGUCAGAAAUCAGCAGAAAUGUGUAUGACAGAGAUGACAUAGUGACAUUUCAACAAGACCUGACAAACAACUCACAAACUCACCUCCUCUUUCUGAAGAACAUCAACACGGUAUCUCUUCAAAACCUUCCGGUUGAUGCUUCCACUCCUCCUCAAGAUGACCAGAUAGAGAAUAUUUUCACUGCCACCAGAAAGGUUGUGAGCACAAUCAAGAUUCCAGAGGACACUCCUCUAGGAAUAUUACAGAAUGAUGCUCUGAAAUGUCUGAUGAAGCGUGAUGCGAAAUGCCAAGAGGUCAUUGACUGCCAUAGAGCCAACAUAGCUGAACUAACGCAACAACAUUGUGAUGGAUCUGAUGUCCAGUUCUGGCUCCUAUACAAUUGCUUUGGGACAAAGAAUUCUUUACAAAUGGUCCAGAGAGAUAAUAAGCAGGCAGUGCUCUCCAUGCCAAUCGGAGGUGUUGCUGUACCUUUAAACAAAGAACCAAAGACAGGGAAAUGGGUCCCUGGAGAAACCAACCUGGUUGGCCAGGCGUUCUGCUUCCUCCCUCUCUCUGUUGCCACAGGGCUCCCAGUGAACCUGAACGGAUCCUUUGCUGUGACCUCUAAUCGGAGAGGUCUGUGGGAGAGUGGAGUGAAAUACGACUGGAAUAGAGCUCUCCUUCAGGAUGCUGUUACAACCGCAUAUGUCAGUACACUGCUAGUGUUGAAGAACAUGUCAAGAAAUGGAACCCUUCAACGUUAUCAGUACUAUACCUUUUGGCCUAAUGGAGAGAACGUGAACAAACCCUUCAAACCCUUGGUUGAUACAUUUUACUUGGUCGUCAGUCAGCACUUCUCUGGCAAACCUCUGAAGCUCUUCAGUGAUGGGGAAAACUGGUGCUCAAUGGACAAAGCCAGAUUUCUGCACCCAAAUAUUCAAGAGGACAAAGCUGUUGGAGAGCUUGCAAUGAAGGUGUGUAAAAGCAAUUCAAACACAUCUUAUCUUGUUGUUCCUCUGCCUUUGUGGGUGAGACAGAGUUUCAUACAGACCGGUUUAGAUGAGAUUCUCCAGCAGAGAACAUUUGACUGGGAAGCAUUUUACCAAGAAGUGGUAUUCAACAACCUGAACAAUAUGGACCAGAAGAGUAGGAAUGCUCUUGUGUUGCAUGCUAUUGACCUGAAGGACGAUGCCAUUGACAAUCUACUAAGGAGCUACCCAUGCAUUCCUACAAAGAAAAGUGGAAAACUUCAGUACAUCAAAAAACUUGUGAAUACUUCUGGAAAAGUGGCACACUUGUUUGAGCAAGAGGAAGGACGGUUCCUCGGUGGAACCAAAAAUGACUUUCAUUCCCCUAAAAGGAUUCAACGUCUGUCAGAACUGGGGAUGCUGAGUGACCAGCUCCCUUUGGAGGACAUCAUAGAAAGAGCAGAGACCAUUGACAAAAUCUGGCAAAAAGACAAAGGCAAAGCAUACAAGCAUGUCCAGUGCAUCCUGGAGCUGAUGAGGGACUCCCUAAAGGAUGAAGCCUCGCCUCACUGGGAGACUCUGAGAAACACCGUGUUCAUUCCAGCAUGUCCUCCAGUUAAUACAUACGCAGGGAAGGGUGGAGCAGUGAAGGAUGGAAUAGUCAGACUUCAAAAGCCUACUGACAUUUACAGUGACAGAUGUCGCCAUCUAGUUGACAUGACACAGUCUGUGGUAGACUCUUUAAAUCUGAAAAUACACAGUGACGAUGCAGUGCUAUGCAUACUGGGAGUUUGUGAAAGCCCAUCACUCGAGACAGUGCUUCAGCAGCUACAGGAAUCAUCCAAGCACUCGGAAACAUGUGACAAACAGACGCUCUUCAACACAGCCCAUAAUUGCUACAGCUUUUUGAACAGAUGGCUGUAUGAUGAGAAGGAAUUGACUGCCAUUUUUGAGAGGGCACACUCAUUCCCCUUUAUCCUUGUUGAAGACAGGUUUGUGGAUGUAAAGUCUGUGGCUAAAAAUGAGGAAUUUGAUGCUAAACCUUAUCUUCAUGUGCUUCCAACUGCCUUCUCCAGUUUCAAGAAUCUCUGGAAAUGUCUAUGCAUCCAAAAGCAAUUCACACCAGAACAGUUUCAUGGUGUACUGAAGAAACUCAGCCAAGCCUAUGGCAUCAGCCCACUUUCCAAUAAUGAUCUAGAAAUUUGUCUGACAAUAGUCCAAAGGGGAUUAUAUGAGGCCAAAGAUGAAAAACAGGAUGACUGUCUCAUACCUGAUGAAAUGUGUGUUUUGCAGCCAUCUAACCAGCUGUAUUUCAAUGACAGCCCCUGGAUGGAAGUGUCAGAAGAUGUCACUUUGUGCCAUGCAAAAAUAUCUCGUGCCAUUGCACUUCAUUUUGGGGUGAUCACAACAAGACAUCACACACUGCUAAAGCAUUCAGUAGAGAACUUCUCACCAUUUGCCGAAGAGUUUGGACAACGUGAGAAACUGACAGUUCGCAUUAAAAACAUAAUCUCAGCUUAUCCCUCGAAGAAGGACAUCCUGAAAGAACUCAUCCAAAAUGCUGAUGAUGCAGAGGCCACAGAAAUUCACUUUGUUUGGGACAAAAGACAGCACAGCACAGAGAAAACAUUUGGACAGAGAUGGAAUCCACUUCAGGGCCCGGCACUGUGUGUGUACAACAACCAGGUGUUUUCUCCUGCUGAUCUGCAAGGUAUUCAGCAGCUGGGAGAAGGUGGAAAGCACAACAUUCCAGGGAAAACCGGAAAAUAUGGACUUGGGUUUAACUCAGUCUACCACCUGACUGACUGUCCUUCGAUCCUAACCGGUGACAAAUGGCUCUGCAUAUCUGAUCCCAAUCUGAAGUAUGUUGAAGCAUCACGAGAAUCACCAGGUGUCAAAAUCUUAUGGGAAGAGGAAUGUAAGAACACCUUCAUUGAUGUUUACAAUACAUUUCUCCCAAAAGAAUUCUCUCUUAAAGAAGGCACCAUGUUUAGGUUGCCUAUCAGGACUGGUGCCAUGGCAAAAACCUCCGAAAUAUCCGGCAAUGGGGUCAAUGUCGAAGAUAUGGCAGAACUGUCCUCAGCUCUCUGUGAAGACCCUGAGGGAUUGAUAAUGUUCUUGAAGAACAUCAGGAAAAUCCAGUUUCAUGAAAUCAACCCAGGCACAGGAAAGCUCAAGACUACUUUCUCGAUUGAAAAAAGUAUACAUGAGAAGAGCAUUGCAGAAUGGGUUUCUUUUCAAAACCACGUACAACAGUCGCUGCUGUCCCACGGACAAACACCACAGGAAGCCAUUUACAGUGUCAAGAUUUCAUCAUCUGGUAAACGGCCAAGCCAAUGGAUCAUUGCAGAGCAGUUUGGCUCUUUUAAAGUAAACACUGAUAUGGAAGGACAGACUGGCAGAGUUCCCCAGGCAGCUUUGGCAGCAUGUGUAAGCUCUCAGCCUAGAGAAAGAGAAAGAAUUGUCAGCACAAGCUCUCUGCUUAAACAGGAUGACUUCAUUGGACAAGCAUUCUGCUCCCUGCCCUUGCCUGGUAAAACUGGACUUCCAGUCCAUGUCAACGGGAACUUUGAGGUAGAUUCCUCCAGACGGGGUUUCUGGAAAGAAGAUGGGAAAAGUCUGAAGAUAGAUUGGAAUGAGUCCCUGAAAUUGAAUGUCAUCGCCCCAUUGUAUGCUGACCUUCUCAAUUACAUCCGUUGUGACCUAAAGAAAGUGAAAGUCAAUUCCAUACAUAUUGAUUCAGUCCUUGAUAGCUCAUACUUGUGUUUCUUCCCCACCAUCUCCAAAGACACUGGCCAAGAUUGGCAUGAAAUGAUUCAUGAAGUGUACAGGUCAGUCAAUGACAGAAAACUUGACCUUAUUCCAGUGCUACACGGCUCAACUCGACAAGUUCAACACAGGUCAAUAACAGAGUACACUGUUGAGUGGUCUAGUGUGAGCAAGACGGAACCAAGUGAUGCACCUCAUUUGAGCAAAGAAAAUAGAUCUAUUGUUUCUAUUUUAGAUGAUCUUGGAAUGCAGUUGGUUCCUUCAUCCAGAAAAAUGGUGGAAAUAUGGACCAGCUUCAAAUCGGCUGGGAUUGAAGUGAGAAAAGUCAGUCCUUUGACAGUGGGUAACUACCUGAGGAAGAAACCACUGAAUGAUCCAACUCACACUGAAAUGGAUUUACCUCUACCCAUUGGCCAGACUUUGAUCAGAGACAAAAAGAGAUGCUCCAUUCUCUUGGAGUACUGUAUCAAAAAUGUUGUAGUUAGUGAGGACAGGUCCAGUUCUGACAGUAGACUUAAAAAAGAUGCUAACAGGAAGAGUUCCAGUUCAGUCACCGGACUUCCACUGCUUCUCACUCAAGAUCAGAUUCUUAGAGUGUUUGACCCUGACUCUCCCAAGCUUCUGUCACCAUUUUACAGUAUGUUCCAUGGACAUCAUGAGGAUUUUGCUGAUUUAAUAAUCAACACCAAACAUUUUCAGGUUCUACAAGAUGGGAACUUUCUUAAAGAAUUGACAAUUCCAGUCGCAGCAAAGUAUUUGAAACCUAUACUUCUGCACCUCCUUCAAAACUGUGAAACCGAUCCACACUGUGGGCUACAUGUACCAAACCAGAUAAUACACUCAUGGCUGAAAGAACUAUGGGAAUUCUUUAGUUAUCACAUACAUGCUACAGCUUCAACAAAUGGAGAUGGUAACCAGGCUCUGAUAGCCAUCAAGGAGCUGUUCUCUGACUGCCCUAUGUUGCCUGUUGUGUGCCCAAGACUAAACAACAAAUAUGUUCUACAAACAAUGAGGAAGAUGUCCAGUGUGAUUCUGUUUUCAGAAGAAGAAAUUAUAUUAAUUCUCAUGAAACUUGGUCUCAUGAAACUGGACCUUACAUUCUUCCAAGAUGUGAACAGGCAUCUGCAUCAAUAUCUACUCCCUGAGCUCUUGAGGACAAGCGACAGCAGUGCUGUGUUAGACCAAGUCCACCAGCUGGAACAUUCAGAAUUUCAGCAUCUUUCAGAUUACGAGUUGAAGAGACUUCAAAAUGUCCUACAGUCUGGGAUAUCCUCAUCUAAAAACAAACAGGACUACCAGAGAAAGCUCAAGUCAUUGCCACUAUUUGAAACCAUACAGGGUGGACGGCAGCGUAUUGAUGGACCCAGAAAUGUAUACAUCCUCAACACAGAGUUCAGGGAAAGAUUUCCAGACGUGUACAUGGCAGAUGACAACAACAUUUUCCUGAAAUACCACAUUGUAAAUGAGAGCUUGUCAAAAUACCUGAGCAUUAAGAUAUUAAGUGAUUUGGAGUACUAUGUCCAGUUCAUUCUGCCUUUCCUGCACAAGCUAAACAACAACCAAAUGAUCCACUCUGUCCAGCUGUUGUUGUCACUACAACUCAAACAGGACUAUCAGCAGUACCAUGACAAAAUCAUCUCUAUAAUGAAAAAUGUGAAAUUCAUUCGGGACAUCCAUGGGAAUCUGCAGAUGGCCUCCUACUUCUUUGAUGAGAAUCAGACGUUGUACAAGGUGAUGCUGCCGCAAGAAAGAUUUGUGCCAGAAAGCUUCUGGAAUGAAUUUCAUAAUAGAGCGAACAUCAUUUUCAAGAGUGAAGCAAGGCAACUGCUCAAAGAACUUGGAAUGAAGUGCACUGUGUCAGAUGAGGAAAUAAUUGAAUUUGCUCAUCAAAUUGAAUUGGAUGCCAAAGGCACUGCCAGCCUCAAAGGGUUGAAACUGAUGUCGUCUACAUUGUUUGAAACUAUUUUCAAAAGAAAUGUCAAAAAGCUAGCACCAGACUUUCUGAAAACGAUUGCUGACAUCAAGUUUGUUUUUCCUGUGGAAAUUCAAAAGAGGUUGUGCAACUACCACCAGUCAUUUGCAGGAAAGAGGACUGUAGUUUCAAUCAGAGGUUGUCUGAUUGAAAAAGAUGUCCUCCACCCAUGCCUAAUUUGGACAUCCAUGCCAAUACUGCACGUAGGAAACUGCGAUGAAAAGCAUAUUCAAAUGAUUAGAGAAGCAGGUGCAGUUGACCAACCCCCUUCUGAACGUGUGACAGAGAACCUCAGAAACAUCUGUCAGUCACCAUGCCAAACUGCUGACUUGGUUGGAACACGAGCUGAAGUGUUCCGGACAUCUUACACCUAUCUACAAACAAUAGAGUUUGACCCCAAGCCGUUGACUGAUCUCCCUGUGGUGCUUGUGGAGGAAGAUUCUGCACUUGUAAAGAGCAAGCAAACAGCUCUGAUACUGCUUCAUUGUAUGGAGUUCAGGCCGUACUUGUACUGCAUUCCUCCAAAGGAUGUCAGGUUUGCAGAAUUCUUCAAGAAAAUUGGCGUCAAAGACGAGCCUACUGCAGAGCAGUACUGCAAUGUUCUACAAGAAAUCCAUGCAGAUUCCACCGACAAGCAGACCCUUCAGCCAAAUCAGGAGAAAACUGUCAAGCGAGCUGUGGAGCAGCUUUUUCAUCUGAUCAUCAAAUUGCAAGAAAAUCAGUUGACCUCAGAAAUUCCCAAGACCUUGUAUCUACCUUCAACCGAUGGCAGACUGUACCCUUCAGCCUCACUGUAUUUCAAUGACACAGUCUUCAAGGUUAGCAGAUUGGAGGAUGCCAUUAAAGACAAAUUGAAACUCCUGGAGAAACUGAGCAAUUGCCAUUUAGAGAACGACAUGUAUGAACAUUGUAAAAUGAUGCAGUUGUUGCCCCUGGAGAUACAACCCAAAAUGCUCUCUCAGAUUACAGUAGAGAAUGUGGCGGAAUCCAACAUGCAACUGUGUGAGUACGGGGAGGGCUGCGAGUUCAGCGGAUGGUUUGGGGCACACCUAUCCUCAGCUCCCUUCAUGCAUGGUCUAGUGUGUCUCAUCAGAGAGCAGUGUCAGGGCAAGAUAUCACAAGGCGAUGCUGCCACCAUGUGUCAGAAAACCUUUGGCAGCAUUGAGAUCACCUGCUGCAACAGCCUUGAAACAGUGCUUCAACUUGGCCAGGAGGUACUGAGUGACACCACUGCUGUCACACAGGUGUACGUAAAAAAGGGCCAGCAAGGUUGUACCUUCUACCUGAAACACAAUGACGACCAGGCCCACAAAGUGAAGAGUGAGAUCAUCAUGAGACUGACUAAAGAGAUUAAUGCCCUUCUUAAUAACAUUCUUGGCUCAAAUCUCCUGCUAGUUCUAGGACACCUUCUUUCGUGUGAUAGCAUGAAGGACGUCAAGACAACUCUAGAACAGAAUGGAAUCCAUGACAGUGCUGAUACUGAGGACUCCAUGAAAGGGCCACCAGAACCAGGAAGUCCUGUUCCUGAAGAGUGGCAUGAUGCCCUGGACAUGAGCUUCCUCAACAACUAUGAAUCUGGGGAAUAUGUUGGCUUUAAGAAUACGGCAGAGGAGGAGCAUUGUUGCUAUGCAGUUAUAGUGGAACAGCUGUGUGUGCCAUCUGGCCAAUCAGGACAGAGUCCCUACAGAUACAAAAUACAGAUUGGGAAAGAUGAAGUCAUAGAAGUCAGUGCCCUUGAUCUCUACCAAUUUAAACGGGAAAAGAAGCCAUUCUCAUACUCUUCCACUGGAGCAACGUGCAUGGAACUGGUACAACUGGGAGAAUCUGUGCAGCGGUCUUCAUCCACAAAGACCUCACCACAGUCUCUGGAAGAAGCCAAAAUGGAAAUAGACAAAUGUCUGGCAGAGAUUUGGAUUCUGUCUGCAGAGGAGCGGUUCAAGGCCAUCAGACGCCUCUACCUGAGGUGGCACCCUGACAAAAACCCAGACUGCCAACAGCUAGCCACGGAGGCAUUCAAGUAUCUGAAAAACAGAAUUGAGGAUCUUGAAAACGGCAGGACGGGGAAACCAUCCUCACACAGGACGGGGAACCCAUCCUCACAGCAGUGGAACACAAAUUUCAGAAACUUCUACAACCAAUGGAACCAAGAAGCUCAUCGCCACCAGUGUGGGAGAGAGAGGUUCUACAGGGGACACAAUACUAGAUACAACUUCUGGACACAUCAUGGAAAUGUACCACAACCCAACCGAGCAGAGGCUGAGCGCUGGCUGAGACAAGCACAGUGUGACCUAGCCGCUGCUGACAACGACACAGGAGGCAAGACCACAGAGUGGACUCUGUUCAAGGUACAUCAGGCUGUGGAGAAGGCUCUGGUGGCAGCAGAAUACAAAAGACAUGGAAAUCAUUGCAAAGACAGCUCCAUCUCCAGCCUAGCUGAGCGGGUGUCUAGCUACAGCCCCCAGUUAGACACUCUACCCAACAUUGUGAGCAAACUGAAACAGCUGGGAGUCGACCCCAAGACCACUCAAUACCCAAACUACCACCCAUCACCACACAUUCCCAAUAAGAUGUUCAAGUAUGAGAACGAAUCAGAGGUGCUGGACAUGGCAUCAAAGCUUCUGUGCAAAAUAGAAAUAUAUAUUCAUUGAUUAAAGACAUCGCUUACAUAUUGCAAUUGGGCAUUGAUAGAAAACAAAAACAUGACACCCAGUUCAUUUAGAAAUGCUAAAGGCUAUUUCACUUGAUUUAGAAAUGCUACAUGUAACUUUCAUGUUGUGAUCUUAUGCUUUACUGAGAGUAUGUUAUACACAUAGUGGUUCAAUAAUUCCUUUGAAGAAUCAAUUAAAAAGAUAACCAUAUUAUUGUUAAAUGCUCACAAAAAUACAGUAACAUGUUUUUCCACUUUUUUAUGUUGAAGAUAUUGUUGUAAUAAAUGUCAAAAAUAAACAUGAUUUAAUAAAGAUAGAUCAUUCUCUCUCUGCAUCCUCUCUGACACAUGACAAUAUUAGAGUUCAAGUACCUCAGAGAUCAUGCAUUUCCAAUUACAAGUAGUUUAAGGUUCAAAAUAAAAAAUUACAUUUGGAUUUCA